GUGGGCGCCAGAGCAAAGCCGUCCAGCCAGCUUCCUCAACCUUUUCCAGCCAAUGGCAGCGCCUCGUAUUGGCCGGCAGGCGCUGAGGGCGAGGAGGAAGCUGCGCCCGCUCAGCUGCCAUGGGUCGGGCGGUUGUGGCGGGAGGAGCAGCCGAUAAGAAAGAGCAGCAACGGCACCGCCGGCGUCUGAGGGCGCCGCGCCAGCCCCGCUGAGGCUGCUCCAGGGCGGUCGGGGAAACCUCCGAGACGCUGAAGCUGGCGAGCCGUGGUCCGGAGUUGGGAGCCCCUCCCGGGUUGCGCUGCUGCCCGGCUUCCCCGGCUCCUGCCCCGGCCCAGCAGAAAAGGAUGAAGAAGCGCAAGGAGCUCAACGCGCUCAUCGGGCUGGGCGGCGGGAAUGGGGACCGGGGAAGCGGGAGCGGCGGCGGCGGCGGGCGCAAGAAGAGACACCCGAGGAAAGGCUCCGCCUCGGGCCACCGGCUCCUCCGCACCGAGUCCGCCGAGAGCAGCAGCAGCAGCUCUUCCGGCCCGGAGUUCGGGGACGGCUUCGGACUCCCGGGCGCCCGCUCCCGCUUUGCCAAGUGAGGCCCGCAAGAGAAGCAGGGAGGGGUUGCGCUUGGGGAGGAGGGGGCGAGGGACCUCGGUCCGUGGAGGGUCAGGCAUGGCUCGGGCAGGACGAGAGGAGUGUGAAAUGUAACUUUAGAUACGAUGUAUUAUUAGUUGGGGGCUGCCCCAUGCGGUAUUUGGGACUCAAGAGUGGGUUGGGUGGGUAGGGAUGAAGGGACGGGGUUGAGGUGCAUGUGGAAGAGUUGAUACGUGACUAGCUCCAUCGGGAGUAUGCUGAGAGGAGAGGGGUUGGGGCGUUGGGAGUGUAAGGUUGACAUGAUUGCAGCUGAGUUGGAAAGUUGGUGACUGGGUGGGUAACAUUUGGGUGUGCUGGGGUUGGAAGUGAGUUAAGGCUACUGAGGAUCUGGAGCAGAUUGUUAACACAAACAGUGAGUUUUUGUUCUGAGAGGGAAGCUGUCUGCGACAUAAAUAGCUGGGUGUGUUUCUGGUAUAACUUGUUGCUCUUGCACUAAGCCCAGGUGUGUGGGUGGGACUACUAGUGCCAUUCUUUUUGCUUGGUUAUUGUCGUUUUGUUUAUUUCAUUUAUUCAAUUUAUAUGCCAUGCUUCUUCCUGAAGGAGCCCAGGGACUGUUCUGCUAAGCUGGUUGUUGUUUAGUCGUAUAGUCGUGUCUGACUCUUCGUGACCCCAUGGACCAGAGCACGCCAAAUAUAGAUCUCCUGAAUAUAGCUUCGGGUGCUCAUAACCAUGCUCUAAUACAUUUGAUCUUGAUUGAUCUAUACCUCUGGUUAAUGCCUUUCCUGUGGUCUUUGGUGUACUUUCUACUGGUCAAUGGCAAUCUGAUGUAUUAAGUCUUCAGCGCAGUUUGUUGUAAAACAAGAUUCUGUUUGAGUUCUGGAAGAAGGAAUCCUCAAUACAGAUGUGGGGAACCUUUGGCCCUUUUAAAUGUGGUUGAACUACAACUCCUGUCAGCCCCAGCAAGCAUGACGGUACUUGUAGUUCAGCAACAUCUGGAAGGCCAAAGGUUCCCUGCACCAGUUCUAAUAAGACUUAUCCCUAAAUUCUGCUUUGUGGGUCAUUGUGAAAAAAGGUCAAAUUCCUUCAAGCUUAUUAAAACAGAAAUAGUUCUUACAGUACUUCAAAUUUGAUUAUAACUCCCCCCCCCAAAAAAAGCUGGUUGUAGUAAUUUGUAAUUAACGUUAAGACCAGGGAAAUGUACAGAGUGCUAGAUAUUCUGAUCCUGUGCUAUUCUGUGCAAGUACCCUUUUGCCAAUGUUUCCAUUGUUGGAUUAGGAUACUAAUCUAGAACAUCAUGACAAGUGCUCUUCCUUGAACAUUUGUAUCAAAAAAGGUAAAAUAUCAGCAAGAACUUGGAUUACUAGAUACUGAAUAAUUAAUGGAAUUCCUACAGUCAAGAAUUAAUAACAACCUCUGGUCAAGGGAUUUAGGUGAAGGCCCUUGAAUAAUAAACUAGUUUCAAAUUUAUCUAGCUGUUUUGCAUUGGAUUGAAUUGUGAGAGAGUAAUAUAUUGCAUUAAUAUUGAAUACAAUGUAAGUGCCAAUUUUGUGUGAUAUUUAGCCAUUGUGAUGUAGCUGAACCAUUUAUUUAUUCAUUUAGGGGUGACUACCUGCGAUGCUGCAAGCUUUGCUACCCAUUAUGUGCUUUUGUCAUUUUGGCUGCUUGUGUGGUAGCUUGUGUUGGCUUGGUAUGGAUGCAGGUUGCUCUCAAGGAAGACCUGGAUGAAUUAAAGGAGCGGUUUCGAACUAGUAAGUACUGAUCUUUGGUUUUGCCUUUCUUUAUAAUAACUUGUGGGAUAUGGGACAAAGUCUUAUGUAGCUGGUAAUUGCCAAAAACACUCUUUAUAGUCUGUUUUAAUAUGAAGCAAACAUGCUGACAAAUGGUCAUUUGUGUACAAAAUACUAUAACUCUGUUACUAGGUGUUGUAACAAAUCUUUUACUAUCCUCUAUAAGCCACAGGUGAUUAAAAACACAUGGCCAUACAUGUAUUUUUAAAAGGCAGAAGCCAUAUUUAUUGGCAUAUGUCUUAUUUGAACUAUUUAAUGCUUACAAAUCACGUAAUUAGAUUUCUGUGAUCCUUGGUGAAUGUGUUAAAAAAAUUCAAGUACUCAAGAAUAUUUUGAAAGGCUGAGUUGCUAAAGUAUCCUGAAAAAUUGCAGCUGCUUUGUCUUGUGGGUGGCAGUGGGUAGACAAGUUCACAUCUCUGUGUCAUCUGAUGGUGAUUGUGAACAGGAAAGAUCCAUAUUGAUUUGGUCCCUUGCUAAUUUUACUAGAAGUAUGAGAUAGAAAUUGUCAUACAGAAAUUCCAAGGAAGGCUAAUACCAUGAGGUGAAGGGAAUUGCUUAGGAGGAAGUGAUUUUCUUCAAAGCUGUUGAUGCUAUAUAGCUAUGAAAGAUAAACAAACUACCAGUUCAUUUGUAACCAAGCUUUUCUUCACUGUAAACUCCAAAACACGAUCUGUUAAUCUUGGAAGGUAUACAUGCAUGUAUUGAUCAUCACAGCAACUAUAAUUUGCCUUUUUGAUAUAAUUUAUAUACAUACCUGGAUACUUGAUCCAGGUGAUUUGUGAGACUAUAUACUGGCAUAUAACAAACCACUUUUGCUGUUGAUCCAACUCUGUAGGGGAGAGGAUUUCACAAUUAAUUGGCGUGUUUCCAGGAGGAAAACCACUAACGGCAAUGGUGAAAUACUAUCUUGUUUUUUAUUAUGACACUUUCAGGUCACCCAUCAGCUUUAGAGCUUAAUCUUCAAAGCGCUAUUCAUUCUUCAAAUAGGUUACUUGGUUUUAUGUCUGUUAAUGAACUGUCUUGAAAACGUACUGUGUUGAAUAUGACAGUUUUUCUUAUAGGCUGAGCAAUUACUGCAUUUCUCAGCUGUAUUUGUCGCUUUUAAGACCUGAAUUCUCUACUAAGAAAAAAAUUAAAAACAGAGUGUACUUAAAAGAGCUCUCUCGUGUUUGUUCUAAAAGCUUUAAAUAGUUCUAUCCAAUCUUGUAAGUUUUGACAGGCAUUCAGAAUUCAAUUUUAUUUCAUUUUACCGAGCUAGGUCCAAGGUCCAUCAAUCUAAGGUUGUUGUAUUAAUCUACAAAGCUCUGGACAACUUAAGUCCAACGGUACUUUAAUGACUUCCUGAACCCUUAUAUCCUAGCUCAAUCAGUUAUAUGAUCUGUAGGAGCAUUGCUAGUUAUCCUUUGAGUCACUGAGGUUCAAAUUAUGUAGCCAGUAAAGCAAGCUUUCAGCAUCAUUGGCCCAGUCCUGCGAAAUGCUGUUCUGGUUGAGAUUCAGCAGACAUCUGCUUUAGUCUUUAAACUUUUGCUGAACACUUUUUAUGUCACUAGGCUUAUGUAGGCAAUUAAGAAAAAAAGUAAAUGUGAUAACUGGUAGUUUUAGAUUUUGUCAGUUUUAAGCUGCCUUGAUAUAUGUACACUGAUAGUACACAUCUUUAUGAAAAAAUAUAAUAAAAAUAUUCUUGAAUAAAACUAUGUUUCUAGAUAUUAACAGACUGUUAAGUUUAAUGGCAUAACUCUGUUAUGAAAGAAAAUUACUAAGGAGAGCAUGUUCGGAAGCAUAUUUGAAACUUGAAAGAAAGCGGUUAUAUUAUUGUAUAUACACUUCAUAAAGUGGUAGUGAGAGUCCCAUUAUACUUAGUGGGUGAAAUUCAGCGUUGUGCUCUUCCAACAGCCAGUAUGGUAUAGUGGUUAGUGUGCUGGAGUAGAACCUGGGAGACAAGAGUUUGAAUCGCUGCUUGGCCAUGAAGAUCACUGGGUGAUCUUGGGCCAGUCAGUCUCUCAGCAUAACCUACCACACAGGGUUGUUGUGAGGAUAAAAAUUGGGGAGGGACUAUAUAUGCCACCUUGAGCUCCUUGGAGGAAAGGUGGGGUAUGAAUGCAAUUAAUAAUAAACAAAUGUACAAGCAGCUUGGGUAUUGCUUUUUUCUUGUUAUGUUGCUGAAGCAUAUGACACAGCUGAAGUCGUAAGGACAUAACAAUGAUUGAGUAAAAAUGGAAUUCAAUAAAGAUUACUAAUAGUACCUUAGCAUCAUAUUGUCUGUUCAUCAAAAUAAUUCCAAUGGUUAUUUAGUCAUUAGUGUAUGUAACUCAUUUCCUUGACAAUAAUAAACUGCCUCUUUAAUUCAACUUCUCUCUCUUAAGAGCAGACACAGAUUACAGGAAGGUGGUUCCUGCAAUACAUUUUAUGAUGUCUUUCACAUAUGUCUGUUAAUCUACAACUUUGUUUAGCUUACUCUUUGUUCCUAAGUGCACAGUGUGGAAGCUUGGCUAAAAUCAAUUCUAAUAUGUUUAGAAUUCAGUCCCAAAUUACAAAGCAAUGAAGGCAUACCUAUUAAAGAAUUCAUGCUUGUGUUCUCAGAUCUUCGUGUUGAUGGAUAACUAUUGCUUCUGACUUUGUGUUUUAGUGGAGUCUAAUCAAAAAACCUCAUUCCAAGAAAUUCCUAGAUUGACUGAAGAUCUGCUUAAUAAACAAAAGGAACUGGAAAAGAUUGAGAAUGGAGAUGCGGGAUUAAGCAAAAUAUGGGUAAACAUCACUGAAAUAAGCAAACAGGUAAAGUAAGUGACCAUUCAAGUAAAGUUAUAAUCUAAGCCAUUUAAAAUAUGUCUUAUAACAUCUUAGUUGAGCCAUUUGCUAUUAUUGGUAUGAUUGCUAUUGAAGAGCAACAUUCUGGGUCAACGUGUAUGUUGACAUUUUUUAAACUGGUAAAAGUUACUAAUCCAUUCUUUUUACUGUCUGUGAUAGUACAUAAUGCUAAGCUAUAAAGUAUGGUUCCGUAAGCCACACAGUACAUUAGUUGUGUGCUGGUUCAUGCAACCCAAGAGCUCCUGCUUCACUUCUCCUUUGUGCAAGCAGGUAAACAAGCCAUAAUAUAGGUAGGUUACAAUAAUUACUGAAGUUGGGGCCAUGGUUUGCUUUCUCCUUGACAAACCAUAGCAACUAAGCCACCAACAAACUAUGAUUUAGGAGUGGCUAAAGUGGUCAUUUGUUAGGAGAAAAAAACAUGAUUUCAUGUUCAGAUGUUACUCAAAGCUGUUGACUUUGUGGUUUAUUCAUGUGCUUGUGUAAAGCAGCAGGGCAUAAGCUGCAUGCUCCAGCAUGUGGCUUGCGCACAGUAUGGAUUUCUAAAUAUAGUUUAAGUCUUAUGUGCAGUUGUGGCCAUUGGCUUAGCUUGAGUUCUGACAAAGCAAUAAACCAUGGUUUAUUGUGACAGUAACAAGCAUGCUGCCCUCUCCCUCUUCCUUUUGUGCUGCUGCUAAAAGGAAAUAAGAAAUUUUACUUCCACUUCAUUUGCACUUGACUUGUUAAUAUUUGUUGCUUGCUUGAAACAAGGCAACUGCAAAUCAUUGGUUAUGAAAUUAGCUUGUUUCAACAAAUCAUAUUCAAAAGGAAACUGAGAAGCGUUCUCAUGGAAGGAGUAAACAUAGACAGUCUCUGCACAAUUGGAUUGUUCCUAAUUUUUUUAAAGAAUGUUCAGUGACUCUAAAAGCUGGGAAGGAAGUGUGUGCUUUUUGAAUUUUUGCCUGUUUAGUGUAUUUCAGUAGUUGGAAAAUGUUUCCUUAUACCCCACUUCUCUUAUGAUAGAAGAGUUAAUGGUGCUUAGAAGUUAGCAGUGAGCUAGCAACCUGCUUAAUCAGUAGGCUGAUACUGACGAAUCCACCAGUAGAUUCUGAGCAAAGUGUUACCAUGGUUGUGCCUAGUUGUAUGUAGUACAGACUCGGGAGGCUUCCCAGUAUUAGGUGCUGUGCCAUUUAUGUUUAAAUGAUUUAUCUGUAACCUCUACUCUGAGAGAGAAUGAAAUAACAUCUUCCUCUCGUUUUAGAUUUCUUUGUUGAUGUCAGCUGUAAAUCACCUCAAAACGAACAUUAAAUCUGCUUCUGAUUUGAUUAAUCUUCCUGUCACAGUAGAAGAGCUUCAGAAAGUAUGUACUACACCAAGUAUAUUGUGUUUAUCAAAUUCUGCAAGCUACAAAAGUAUUUUGAAUCAGAGUUUUUUGAACCACUGCUAUCGGUGUACAAUGGUGUUAAUCACUUGUAGGAAGUAUGUAGGUGGGAAAUGAUACUGCUGCACUGGGUCACAUUGCAUAAUGUCAGGAUGUGCGCAGUUUGUUCAGUAUGACUCUCCCAUGUGUUUUUUUGUAAGGUUAUAUGGGUUGUUUGUAUUGUAUUGCUUGGUGUUUUGGGUUGGGGUUGCAUGUUCGUGUUUGCAUUGUUGUAUUAUAUUACAAGUUUCUAAAUGUAACCUGCCUUGGGAUCUUAAGUGAAGUGUGGUGGUUAUUAUUAUUUAUUAGCUACUCUUCUGGAAUUAAUACAUUUAAGUCUCACACUUUUUAAUAUACCACUGAUACUACAAGAUUAUGAUUGGGUUUUUUCCCCAGAGUGUUGCUACUAUAGGUAGCACUGUAACUAGUGUUCAUCAUGAUGUUGAGAGUAUGCAGGCAGCAAUUGAAGAACAUAAGAAAACUAUAGAGACACUCCAAAAUGAGAUGGUAAGGACUUGUAUUAAUCUGAUAGUAGUUCAUUCUGUGAUAAUUCCCAUAUGAACUUCAUUUUGGCUAUGUCAUUUGACAGUAAAAAAUGUCUUUUUAAAGGCAAUCAAUGUUUUGGAUGAAAAUCUGUAUUCUCCAGUUUAUUGUUGCAGAACUCCAUGUUAAAGUUUAACAGGGAUGGGAAGCUUAAGUCUUUCAGAUUCCUAGAUACUAUAAACAAAUUUGUAAAUAUUGGUCAUCUUUGAGGAUGUAAAUAAGUUAACGAUUAAUGCCCAAUUAAUAGGGGAUUGGGAGUCUAGCCUCAAUGGACUUUCCUGAUCCACCCUCUUCAUAUGCUCCUUGUACUAUUUCUUAAAUCAAGCAAAGCAAGUAAAUGUGACUUUAAUUAUAACAAGAACCUUUUGAGUAAUCGCAUGCUGAGGGAGCAUCACAUAUCUCCCAUGUUUCCUAACUGCUUUCCAUCCAUACAAUACUUGUCAUAUUGCACUUGUUUAUUUAUUUUGAAUCUCUUAAAUACAUUUACAUGGAGCACCAGUAUAUUUGUGUAUAUCACAGUCUGCUACCCUCUGUCUUCCUAGUUUUGUGUUUGUGAAAGCUUGGUUCCCAUGUUUAAAGUUUAAAUAACUGGUUUCAAAAAUUCAUUUUGACUACUUUUAUUAGAGUGAACUCGCAGAAGAUGUUAGAGCAAAGCAGCUGCCUUCAUUUCCCUCCUCUCCAACCCCCCAAAUAAGUGAGAAGAAUCUGACAGACAGUUGUAAACAGGUACAGCUUGUUGCUGCUUUAGAUGCUUUGCAAAUCAGUAUUUCAAGAUUUCUGUAAAACUAUUUUAAACUAGGAUUCUGGGACAAAGAAGAAACUGUCAGCCUCUAUUUUAAGGAAACAUGGGUUGAUAUUUAAGAUUAGUUAUACUUGGAGUAGACCAGGGGUAGGCAGCCUAAGGCCCGUGGGCUUCUCAGUCUGGCCCGUGGGUGGUCCGGGAAUCAGCGUGUUUUUACAUGAGUAGAAUGUGUGCUUUUAUUUAAAAUUCAUCUCUGGGUUAUUUAUGGGGCAUAGGAAUUGGUUCAAUUCCCCCCCCCCAAAAAAAAAUAUAGUCCGGCCCACCACAUUCUCUGAGGGAUGGUGGACCGGCCCACGGCUGAAGAAGGUUGCUGACCCCUGGAGUAGACUGAUUGAAAUUGGUGUCGUGGUCAUUAAUUUCACAGGAUCUAUACUGAAUAGAACUUCAUAGAAACAUAGAAUUAUUGAGUUGGAAGGAACCAUAAGGAUCAUCUAGUCCAGUGAUGGCCAAACUUGGCCCUCCAGCUGUUUUGGGACUUCAGUUCCCAUCAUCCAUGACCACUGGUCCGUUAGCUAGGGAUGAUGGGAGUUGUAGUCCCGAAAUAGCUGGAGGGCCAAGUUUGGCCAUCACUGAUCUAGUCCAACCCCCUGCAAAGCAGGAAUCUUUCGCCCAGGUCUGUGUCUAACCAUUAGUGAAAUUCAGUUUCCUAGGCAGAGAGCAGAAAUAAAAGAGAAUAUGACAGUCUUCAUAAUAAGAAGCUGGAUAUUAAUUUUAGGUUGUGAUUUGUGUAAUAGUCUCUUCCCUCAAUCCCUUGUAUUGCAUAACAUCCAGCACAAUGUGGAGUUCUGGAGAACUAAGAAGCUUUCUCACACACUAUUUUGAGGCAAUUUAAUUCAUUUUAAUUAAUUUAUUGUCCAACUGUGAAUUCUGAAAAUUGAGCAAUAUGUCUUUCUUUGCUUGUUAAAAAGGAAAAACAUACAAUUUCUUUGAAAGAAACCAUCAAUAUUAAAACAGCCAACAACAUGGCAGUUCUUGAAAUAGAUCUCCUAGCUUUGUGGUUAGUCAUUUGCCCUAGUUAAGUACUUAAUUAGUGAGUAGUAAAUUGCUAUGCCCACUUGUCAAACUGCCUUGCAAAACACUGGCAAAGUGUAUUUAUUAUAAAAUAAAGGUAUCAGUAAAAUAUAUUAAAUAACACAGUGGUAUUAAAACAACAUGUUGGCAAAUUAUUUUGUUUGAUCUGUUAGGCUUUGUACUCUUUGAAGGUAGCUUGCACUAAAAGAACUGAACAUAAGGCCUGUGAGAUUUAGCACACCUGUUUUCACAGAGGGUAGCUGCUGAAACCCAGCUUUCAACUUUCAAAGAACUAACAGACCUCCUUCAUUUAAGGAUUUGUCAAGUGGCUCUAAACCCUAUUUGAGCUGCAAUCCAAUGACUCUUGGGAAUACUCUUUGCUGAAUUUAGGGAUUUAUUUAUGCCAGCAUAGAGUCAAGCUGCAGAUGAAUGACAACAAUUGCAUAAGUAUAAACUGCUUACUCUUAGUUAUUGCUGUUUCUAUAAUGUAAGAACAUUUUUUUUCUGUGUUGAACAGGAUAACCAGUACCUACAUACCUCUAUAGAAGAGGUAAACUCUACCCUAAUGUUGUACCAGAAACAGAAUGAUUUAAAACUUUUCAAUAUGGACUCCACAGUUGGCAAUCUAAGUUGGAGAGUUGCUUCAUUAGAAAAUCAUAUGACAGUGAAUAAAUUGGAAAAAAGAGAAAACCUGACCCUUGGCAUGGUAAGUGCCUAGCUAUUGUGGGUGUAUGAGAAACGAUUUUUUGCAAAACAGCUAUGUUUGCUGUAUGCUAUAUGGAUUAGUUGUGCUGCAUAGUGGUUGAACUGAUACUGGGAAAGCCACACUUUCCAAAAAUAAAUUGCAAUUUACGCUUGGUGUGUGGAGUUGUAAAUGCUAACUAUAGUGAAAGAGGCCAUUCUCUAGUUAUCUGGAUUCCUUCUAUCACAAGCUUUGCACUGAAUUAAUGAAUUUCUGCAACAAUAUGAGCUGUCAGUUGGAUAUUCAGUGAUGCUUUCCGUGUUACUGUGGAUCUUGGUCACCUUGAAUUUCUAAUUUGCUUGUACAGCUUUUGUUGACUGAUAAUUUGAACAGUAAAAUCCACUAUACUCUUAAUGUCUAUGAGAACUAUGCUUCAGUUUUAUUACAAAGUUAAAACUGCAGUCCUACACACUUCUUGGGAAGUAAGCCCCAUUUAUGUCAGAGGGAGUUGUUUCUGAGUCGACAUGCAUUGGAUUGGACUUGGAUUGCAAGAUUGUAUGGAUGCAGUAGUAGUGUUUGCAUUGCAAGUAAGAGCCUACCUGAAUCAAUUAAUAUUUGUUGCAGCAUUUUGUGUAGCUACUCUCAUCUGACUAUGCAUUGAGACUCUGCACCUAGAAAACUCUUGUACGUUAAUAAGUAGCCUGAAAUGUUGACAAAGCCAGAUUCUACAUGCCUACUUCAAGUUUUCUCACCGAAAACAUUUUUCUUUCCAUGUUCUGCAAGAUUUUGGGACAUAUUGGGAUGAAAAGAAAAGGAGCUGGUGGAACUGGCUGUCAGAAUGGCAACUUGGCUGGGCACUAGACAAAAUGAUAUUUUUCUGUGAUUCUGUUCUUUUUUAAAAAAUUAAACACAGGAGUGGAAGUACUAUGGUGAAAUGGCAAACAUCUAGAGCAAGUGUAAUAGUUGAAUGUAUACUUUAAUGUUUUUAGGGGAUUAGAAAUCUCAAAUAAUGAAGCUGGAAAUCUUGGCCAUAUGUAGGACUGAAAACUGUAUAAUACAAUUGCCACCUGAGAUGGCAAAUGUAGAAGGAAGGCUAGGAGAAACUGUAUUGAUCAGACUGUAUUGGACAUUGGCACUAAAAUGUGUAACUCUCAUUAGAUUUUGGUUGUUCAGCAUAUUGGAUCCCCAGCUUCACCUUUCUGGCAGCACUGCUCUGUGUGUGUUCCUGUUGUACAGUUAUUAUACAGUCAUGCUGAUGUAAUUACUGAUGCAGUGGCAGCCUUAUUGAUAUGCUAUUUCAACCUCCAGUGUACUUCUCUUUCUAUUUUCUUAAAUAGCCACUGGGUUGUGCUAGUUGCAGACUAGGACUGUCUGAGCUUCCAUUGAUCUCAGCAUGUCCUGGUGAGCCUUGUAUAUUAACUUUUCUCUCCAAUAUAGUUGUUCAAAUAAUAGGUCUUGCUGCUUACUCACACAGCUACAUUUUAAUAUAUUUGUGAUUACUAGCUAGUCCUAGGGUGUUCAUUUCUUGUAUCGCUUAAGGGUAAACUAUAUUUUAGAAGAAGACACAAACAUAAGCCUUUCUUUUGGUUUUGCUUUUUGCAGGUGGGCGACUUAACUACCUCGGUGAAAGUAGAAAAUGAACCAAGGAAUGAAACUACUACUGAAAAGGUACAGGGCAUGGAGGUAAUUCUAGGGAAACCAGAAGUAGUGUUUAAAAGCAAGCCAUAUCAUAUUAGUACACAUUUUUUUCCUGCUUUCCCUAAUUUACCCAUAAAGACUGGAAGGUGUGAUAACAAACUCCAACUAAGGAAAUAUGCAAAAUGGUACAGCUUCAAAUUAGAAUAAAUCUAUUCUUCAAUGUAUUAAACUAUAUAUGCUGGAGAUCUCUCUGGCUUGCUCUUAAAAGCAAGCUACAUGUUGCACACCAGAGAGACACUCUAAGAUCUUCCUAGGUAAUAAGAACUUACUAAGGAUAAACAAGGUUAUGCAGAUUUUGAUAAAAGGAAAUGACCAUUUUAAAUGCUGGCUGGGAGAGGUUGGUUGGUGCAGCGUAUCUUAUUUUUCACAAAUAAAGUACUCGUACAGAAAAUGCUAUAGUAAACUGGUCCUGUUGAAUAUGUUCUUGUUUUGUCAGGUUAGUGGGCAAGUGAAUUUAUUAUUUUAUUUUGGCCUUAUUGGUCUAUGGAAAAAGUGUAUUGUAGCAUCUUAAAGAUUAUGUUAUCUAAUCCUAUGGCCAGCAUAAUAGGCCACAGGGGUUCUAUAGAACAUAUGGGUGAUAUGAUGCUUAUAGAUGAAGUACUUAGACUUCUGAACUGUGGAAUCUUGCAGUUUAUUACAACUUAGUCUGAAAUUGGAAGUGUUUUUUCAUGGAAAUAUUUCUGUUGGUAUUGUACAGAAUAUAGAAAAUGGGGAUUCUCAGGUAUCUAUGUUAAGAGAGAAGCUGCAGCUGAUCAACGCUCUGUCAAGCAAACCAGAAAGUGAUCGAUCUGAAGCAUUGAAAAAAGGUGAAUGUUGCGUAUAGUUUUACUUUAAAUUACUAUACUGCUGCUUUAGCUUAUUUAAUCAUGAGUCACUUGCACUACAGUUCCUUGGACAAACGAGCAAACCGGGUGCUGAAAGGAGUGGAAAUAUGUCUGAUAGCUGGCCUCUAGGUACGAGCUUCUGACCGAAGCCUCUCAUAGCUCAUCCUUUAUGCAAAGACAAAUAACAAGAAGUGUAAAAAUGUAAGUGCUUACUUCGGAAGGAAAAACUAUUAACAGAACCACAUUAUUAACAGGAACAAUUAAGGCAUGUACAAUUCAGUUCCAAAUUUAUCACUUCUAUCACUUUCAGCAUAUGAACUGCUUUGAUUGUUCAAGUAAGCAUUUAUACAUGUAUAUCACUCUUACUGUGCUGUGAUGAAAAGGCAAGGUAGCUAUCAUGUCAAAGUCCCCAAUAAAUGAUCAGUCAAAAUAUUUUUCUUUGCCUUAUUGAGUUAAUACUCUAGCAUAGAAACACACGUGCCACAUCAGUAAGGCUAGGUUAUACAUUUGAAAUGCGCUUUUCCAUUCAAAAUGCACAAGAAGAAGCAAGUUGGAAAAGACUGGGCCAUUAGUUUUCCAUGUUCAAAGGGGAAAGCCCUCUGCCUCAUUAGAAGAUACUUUCUAUAAAAUGUUAAAAUCUCGGGUUACCAGUGUGACACCCACUAGCACCAAUGCGUCCACCAGUACCAGUAAAUAUACUCUCUGAAAUCUGCAAUACGUGAGUGUCUGUUUGCUCUUCUGGCUCAGUUCCUGUUUGCACUGGCUCAAUCUCUCCUACAUUGAACAUGCUCCCUUUAAAGAUACCCAUGUUACAUUGGAUGCCAGAAUUGGACACCCCCCUCCAGUUGGAACAAGGGGAGAGGUGCAGUGAGCUUCUUAAUGAGAGAGUGCAGUGGUAGCUGAUGUAGAUGCCUUUCCCCAUAGGCUGGGGGGGGGGGGCAUGACUGCACCACUUUGCUCUGCUGCUUUUUCUGUUCUUUUGGAUGUAGAAAUCCUUUUGUGACUGGCACCGAUGGCACUUUUUCAAAAUUUCAUAGAUGCCCACUAGCCCAAAAAGGUUGCUGCCACCUGCACUGAUUUUUCCACUAAUGACAUCUCUGUUAUGUUACUGUGUUGAAAGUGCCAAAUUAUGUUGGAUACCAUCUUCAUGUAGCCUCCCUUUUUGAAGCAUAAUUGCCUUCCACCUACUCUUGCCAGAUAAUUAGCAACAACUACUGUAAAAUUUCUUGACAGGAGGAAAACUCCAGAGCACUACAUCAAAGCCUACAAAGCUUCCAAGACUUUCUUCAAGAUCAGUUGGCAGCAGUUUUGAGGGGAAUAGACACCCAAGAGACUUGUCAUUGCCUGGAAUAUCCAACAUAGAAGGUAACCACAUAUGGUUGGAAAUGAAUGGACCAUAGAGAACAUUUUUCAAAUGUAGCAUAAACAAUCCCAAAGGACCUCUCCAAGCUGAGUGAAUGUGCAGUAAAAUAGCAAAUCGAUUCAGUGCAAACAAGUGUAAAGCGAUGCAUGCCUGGGUAAAAAGAUAAUUUUAUGCACUUACGGAGUCUGAAAUGGCAGUAGGUGGCCAGGAACAAGACCUUGAGGUCAUAGUGGGUAGCUCAAGAAUAGCAUCACAAUUGCAGCCAGUCUGAAUCCUUAAGAUUAUGGAAAAUGCAGUGGUAAACAUUUAUGCCUGCUUAAAAGCCUGCAAAGAUGGGUAACUUAAGGGAGGUAGAUUCUUGUCUGUUUGGAUAUUUUAAAAAGAUUUGUGCAGUUGCAAGUUGCAUGCUGUUCAGCCAUAAGUGUUCAAAAGUAGAGAAAACAGUGGCGAAGAUGUAUAAAAGAUAUGCAGGGUGAACUGAAACACUGACCAGGAUUUAUUUGGCAGAAGUACAAUUUACUUUGUAAUGUUCUCAAGCAAAUCUGAGGUUUCUGGUUCAAACUGUUGAGAGAGGUCCAAUAUUUUAGCAAAUCAAUGUUGCUUUUGUUUAAAUGUCCACAGAGAAUGAUUCUCUUUUGGGCUGAUUCACAUCUAGCAAUCUGAGAAUGAGUCAUGCCUCACUUACCCCCUGUUAUCACUUCCCCUCCUUACCUUACAUGCUGAGAAAAUAUUCUGCUGUGCUAUGUUUAAGCCACAGUUUCCUGUUAGCUCUGAACUGGGAAACUGGGUGAAUUUUGACUAACAACCUGGUUUCAUAUCCUGAUUAGUAAUGAGAAACUGGUUUAAACGAAUGGCAAAAGAAGCAGCAACGUUGGCAUGCAAGGGAAGGAGGAUUGUGGAGGCCCAGUGCUAGUAGUUCUUGGCUUAAAAAACCGGCUCUUUAUCUACUGGAAUGUAUAUUACAGACCAUAUAUUGUGUAUUUUGUGUGUCUGGUGGAAAAGCUACUGCUGCUGCAGGAAAGUGUUAAUACUUCUUAGCUACUGUCUGUUCUUUAAAAUUAUUUGUUCCUUCUUGCAGACCUUCAGGAUUUAUUCAGGACCAUCAGCCAAGACUCUGAUGGCAAGCUAUCCUAUGAAGACCUGCAAAAACUGGUUGGAUCUGCAGUGUAUGAUUCCCAGAGCUUUAAAGAAUUUGAUACAGAUGGAGAUGAGAAGUAUUCCUUACUGGAACUAAGGAUGGCUUUAGGUUUAUAGUAUCUCUACAUAUAUAAAUAACAGUAUUGAAGGACUACAGUAGCUAUACAAGAGAAACUGAUAAGUUAAAAGCUACAUCUGGCACUUUCUGAAUUAUAUACUAAUCUUUGCAGCUAACUUAGUGUACAUGUUGACACCGUUUUAAUUUUGUGUUCUUUGGAAAAUAUGGAAAGCUUCUAAUUUUUGAUUUAAUUUAAGAGAUACAGACUCCUCAGAUUUUCAAUUUUGAACCUCUAAUCCCGAGAUUAUUUGGUAAUGCCUAAACUCUGUUGACAAGUAGAGGGCACAUAGGUGCAACUAAAUUUUCUCUGGAUUGAGGCUUGGAGGAUUAUAUUCUGCCAUGGUUUUGGAUAACUGGGCUGCACCUUAAAUUGCACUAAGAAUUUUAGCUCAAAGUUUUUAUUUCCCUUAUAAGGGAAGCACUUGUCUUCAAAUUAGAAUAUGUGUGUAUAUAUUGACAGACAUGUAUUUUAUAUUUCAAAUUUGCCUUAAAUUAGCUGCACUUUAGAAUAAAAAAAUAAAAGCAUCUAUCUUCACAGGAUGGGGGCUCUUUUCCUUGUAAAUAUUUAAAAUUGAAUCAAUUACAUCUGAGUCAACUUGGCAAUCUAUUAAAAGUAAUAAGGAUCCCAAAGUAAGUUGUGUUGGAGGAGGCUGGAAAGACAUGUUUCUCCUUAGGAGCACACUUUGGGGAUCUGCUUUUCCCACAGUUGCAUGGGAAUCCAUGGAUAACUUUCAGAAACUAAGAUACCUGUCUACCAGACUCUCAGAAGGACUUUUGCUCCUAAAGAUGAGAUGAAAUAAAGUUCCUGUUUAUUUUAUACUUUGAACCACGGGAAAUAAGAUUAAUAACUAGUUCUUUCCCUCUGGCAUUCAAUUUCAUAUGGAUUGUUUAGUAUUAAAUUUUUUUAGAAGAUGUGCAGUUACUAGCCUUUCUGUAGACUUUCCCUCUUAUUUUGGCUAAAAUUUAUUGAAUUAAAUUUCCUCACCUUAAUACAGAUCUCAACAAAUCAGAGGUUGUGUUACAUGGGGGUUAUGUUCCUGGUCAGGAACCCCUGGAACCAGGGCCCCUGCAUGUUGGAGGGCUGCUUGCCCAGGUGGGGGAGGCUGUACAAGGGCUCUGACAGCGUCCUAGAGUCCUCCCAUCUCCCUUCCAAACCCUAGUAAGUGCUUGCCCAGGCAGGAGGGCUCUGGGACCCUGUAAACCUCUAAUGGAUAAUCCCACAAUCACAGCUCUGCACAGGUGUGUGUUGGGGAAAUAAAGAUUGGGAUUCUGCCACUCUCCAUGUAUUUAUUUCCCCACCGACCUGCGCAAAGCUGUAAUUGCAUUAGUAAAAUAAGCAUAGGUUGUGACUUACCUGUACUCUCAUUUUACUUCUGUCAUGAUUUAUGUGAGCCAGGAAAAGGUUGGGGACAUUUGGGGCCAAACAUGAAGUGUAUCUUUGCAUUUGUACAAAGUGUUGUUUUUUUAAAAUAGCAGUGUGGUGUCCUGAUCCAGGUUGGCAAUGUGGCAUGAGUAAAGGUUAAAAAAAAGGAUGGUAAAGGAGCCCUGGAUGGAUUAAGUCCAGUCAAAGACAACUAUGGGGUUGUGGUGCUCAUCUCGCUUUCAGGCUGAGGGAGCCAGCGUUGGUCUACAGACAGCUUUCCGGGUUAUGUGGCUUGCAUGACUUAAAUCACUAUUGGUGUAUGGAGGAGCGUGACGAGUGCCAGAGUGGGGAUUCGAACCACCGACCUUCCAAUCGGCAAGCCCAAGAGGUCCAGUGGUUUAGACCACAGCGCCACCCGCGUCCCUUGUGGCAUGAGUAAAGGUAAAGGUAUCCCUGACCGUUAGGUCCAGUCGCGGAUGACUCUGGGGUUGCGCGCUCAUCUCACUCUAUAGGCCGAGGGAGCCGGCGUUUGUCCACAGACAGCUUCCAGGUCAUGUGGCCAGCAUGUCUAAGCUGAUUCUGGCAAGCCAGAGCAGUGCACGGAAAUGCCGUUUACCUUCCUGCCGGAGCAGUACCUAUUUAUCUACUUGCACUUUGACAUGCUUUUGAACUGCUAGGUUGGCAGGACCUGGGACUGAACAACGGGAGCUCUCCCCGUCGCGGGGAUUCGAACCGCCAACCAUCUGAUCAGCAAGCCCAAGGCUCUGUGGUUUAGACCACAGCGCCACCUGUGUCCCUGUUGCAUGAGUAGAAGAGGGUUAACCCUCCCCGCUCCCAGUAUCAUUGUUCUGAUGAAAAUCCUGCCUUCUGAAAUUGUCUCAUAGGGCAAAUAGCUUGUGGGAGGGAUUUCCAUUGGUAUCACCACACAGAGAGUAAAGAUUAACCCAUUGAUUCAGCACCGCAGUCCAUAUCUGGAUUGGGGACUCCACAUGUGCUGUUUUAAAAAGUGUGUGCAAAUGUGAAGAGUCUGUUGAUGUAUACUGCAGCUUGGUCCUUUUUACAGUUCCCUUGCUUAAACUUAAGAACUCUUUGAUAUUUUAAAAGGAUUUUACCUUUUCACUUUUAAUUUGAUCAGCAAAGUAACACAACAAAGUACAGACUUUACAGUCAUCUGAAUAUGCAUGCCAUGGACAAUAAUAAUAAUACUUUUAUCUAUAUGCCACCUAUCUGAGUUGCCCCAGCCACUCUGGUCACUGUUAACAGAAGACUAGUGUACAUGGAGGUCUGAUAUAAUGUUGGUUUACUCUAGAGUAGAUGGAAAUGAUUCCUCCGAAAACAUUACAAUAAUGAAAAGCCUUGAAAACCAAAUUUGUCUCAUAGGUUCUCUAAUUUUUUACUACCAGUUUCCUACCUGGGCAAGUUGACCUUGCCCAGUGAAGUAGAAAAAUAUUUCAAGAUUACUGAAAACCAGUGCUCUCUCAGACAAGUAUCAACCACUUUUUUAAUCUGCUUUCUGUAUAAAACUGUUGACCAAAUUAAAUGAAGCAAUAAAAAUAACUUGGCUAGUAUUUAUUUGUACCUAUGUAAUAUGAUUGUAUGCCAAAUUGUUGAAGGUAUUUUUGGAAGAUUAGUUUGUAUGGUUAAUAUGGAAGGAAGCUCUUUUCUAGCCCCACUCUUAAGCAAAUAACUGACAAUUGUUUAAUUUUUCUUUGAGGUGUAUAUUUACCAUAAUAGGGAAUCCCAUUCAAAUACUUUGGAAUAUUCAUGGCUCGCUGGAUGCUCAACUACUAAAGUGAUAGUCCCCUGGAACUCUACCAUCUCAGUUUUCAUGAAGGGAAACAUGUUUGGAAACCAUCUCACUUCAAAGGAUGCCUCUCAUGCAGAAAGCUUUCCAAAGCCCAGUUUAUGUUGCCUCAGCAGCAAGGGAAUUGUACAGAGACUUGUGUGUUGUUUUAAUUACAGUAUAUGGCUCCUUCCCACAGUAGCAUUUUCCAGCUCCUGAGUGUGUGUGUGGCACAUGUGGGAGAGAACCACAUCAUUCAGCAAACUCACAUGGGUCCAUUUUGCUGGUGUGAUGUGGGGACCGAUGAUAAAAAGUAGGUCUCCACCCAUCUCUGAUAACAUGAACUGGGUCUAAUUUCUUCUCUCUGAAGAAGAAACCAAGUACUGUGGUUAGAACAAUAGUUGCGUAUGUUAACAGGAACAUCCAUGGGGCUGUGAAGACUAUAACACCAAUAACAUACCAAGCAGAACUAAAUCAUGUAUUCUAGGGAAUACUGUUUUAGCUCAGGUUGCUAACGGUUUGCUGCUUGUGUUUUACAAUGCAAGUGUUUUGCUAUAUUUUGUAGGCUGUGGAGCACACAGCCCCGUGCAGUAGUGCUAAUAUAACUUCUCCCAGCAACAUAUGGAAAUAAAGGAGGGAAAUGGGUUUGAGCCACAAGCUUAAAUCCAAGCUUCUGUUCAAUGUUUAGUAUCCUCAGCAUUGUGAUGUGGCAUUCUGUGUUGGGAAGAAGCACAUAGAUGGUUAUAGCUAUGGUUAACUUUUUUACCUGCUUCUUCAAGAAUGCCAACGAAACUGGGAUAGCCACUUUAGUGCUGCAGUACUGAAGGCCUUUGGGUGAAUACUGAGUUUCUUAUUUUAACACUUUUGGAAUGCUUCCAGUGAAGAUGAGGCAUUCUCUGAAAACUGAAGUGAUCCCUGUUGCCCUUCAGCCAAGAUUGAAAAUAUGUUGGUUGAGAAUUAAUACACAAUAAUAAAAUUUGUUUGUAGCAUCUCUUGUGAUGGCAGAAAUGAAACUUAUGUGUAUUUAUAAAACAAAUGUGUGGCUUAAAACAUUUGGUUUGGAGUGGUCAUAUAAAAAGAGGAUUUAAUAGUAAGGACUCCACAGCAUUAAGAGCAAGAGACAGUUUAUUUUUCUCUGAAGUAUUUAAGACAGCUGCUUCUUUGGUGCUGGAAAGGUUGUAUUGAUCUUGUCCUUUGUGUGUUUUAGCUACAGUGAAGAGAACUAAAACUAUCCAGGAAAAGUUGAGCUAUUCCAUGUUCAUAUCCUCCAGUGUUUCUUGUCUUAGGAGAAGCUUUUCCGCAUAGCAAUAGCCAGUCAGUUUUGUGGGGUUUUUUUAGAAUUUUGAACAGAAUUAUUUGCUAAGAUUCUUAGCUUUGCUUUGGUUUAUUUUCUUUAUAAUUUGUGUUAGCCUAUUGCACUAAAUAUUUUAGUUGAGCAUUGUGUAAAUAAUUUAUUUUAAGCUGGCCUUCCAUAUAUAUUGGCUGAAUUGCUGACAUCUUAUAAGCAAAUUGGAUAUCUUUUAGAACUGUAGAAAAACUUGUAUGAAUUAAAGCUGGUUUUAGCUACAGAAUUUUGCACCUAUCAUGCAUUUGUGAAUGUCAAAUUUAAAUAAAAACACUUUGUUUGGGGUGUAA